CUCAACUUAAAUGGCUCUCUCAGUCUCAAACAUUUCUCUUCUCACCUUUUUAGCAUCUCUCUUCAUCUGUUCAGCCAUAGCUCAUGAAUUUUCCAUCGUUGGUUACUCGCCGGAGCACCUGACUUCCAUGGAUAAACUCAGUGAGCUAUUUGAAUCAUGGAUGUCUAAACAUGGCAAGAUCUACAACACCAUUGAAGAGAAGCUGCAUCGGUUUGAGGUCUUCCAAGAUAACUUGAAGCACAUUGAUCAUAGAAACAAGGAGGUUACUUCAUACUGGCUGGGAUUGAAUGAAUUUGCAGACCUCACCCAUGAAGAGUUCAAGAGCAAAUACUUAGGAUUGAAUACAGACUUUUCAAGGAGGAGAACUUCUGAAGAUAUCAGUUACAGAGAUCUUGAUGUUGUGGACUUGCCUAAAUCUGUGGAUUGGAGAAAGAAAGGAGCUGUAACUCCGGUGAAGAACCAAGGUUCAUGCGGGAGCUGUUGGGCAUUCUCCACGGUUGCUGCUGUUGAGGGUAUAAACCAGAUUGUGAACGGAAACCUAACGUCGCUUUCAGAGCAAGAGUUGAUAGACUGCGACACAUCGUUUAAUAGUGGAUGCAAUGGAGGCCUCAUGGACUAUGCAUUUGAAUACAUAGUCAACAAUGGAGGACUUCACAAGGAGGAAGAUUAUCCAUAUCUGAUGGAGGAAGGCACUUGUGAAGACAAGAGGGAAGAGAUGGAGGUAGUGACUAUCAGUGGUUACCAUGAUGUUCCAGAGAACAAUGAAGCAAGUCUUUUGAAGGCAUUAGCUCACCAACCUGUUAGCGUAGCUAUUGAGGCUUCUGGGAGAGAUUUUCAAUUCUACAGCGGGGGAGUGUUCAGUGGAGCUUGUGGGACAGACUUAGAUCACGGAGUAGCGGCAGUUGGAUAUGGAUCAUCAAAAGGGCUAGAUUACAUAAUUGUGAAGAAUUCCUGGGGACCAAAAUGGGGUGAAAAAGGGUACAUACGAAUGAAGAGAAAUUCAGGAAAACCAGAAGGGCUCUGUGGUAUCAACAAAAUGGCUUCAUAUCCUAUCAAAAAGAAGUGAUACCUUCAAUGUCACCAAUAAACUUUUACCUCUUCUUGUUGUAGUUUCUCCCUUGAUUUUAUUGCUUGAGUCUCGUCAGUGCUCUUUGAGUCUAUGUCAAUAACAUGAAUUCUUUUAUUUGAAAUGAAAUAAAGAUUUUACCAUAAUCAA